AUGGCAUCCCAGUUUUCUCACGACUACCAAGGAUCAGCUCUGGAUACCCAUGCGGCGCUUCUAACAGGUCUCUUCUCCAGCUUCUUACAAGUUUAUUCCUUUGCUCUGACGGAACUGUACUUGUGGCUUGCAGGGGCGGCCAGGCCAUUCGACGACGGGAUCAACGCGAGCCAGGCGGGUCCCGCCGGAGUCAACACCAACCUGCAGGCCGGUUCGGCCGCCGGGACCCCGGCCCCUCCCGGCGGCACCGCCUCGACCGCCACCGCCCCCGCAGCCCAGCCCCAGGUCAACCUCCGGGAGCAGGAGCAUUACAUGCCGACCACCAACGUCAUCCGUAUCAUGCGCAGGGUCCUGCCGAUGCAUGCAAAGAUUUCCGACGACGCCAAAAUGACGACCCUGGAGUGCGUGUCGGAGUACAUCAGCUUCAUCACCGGCGAGGCCAACGAGCGGUGCCAGCGGGAGCAGCGCAAGACCAUCACCGCCGAAGACGUGAUCUGGGCCAUGGGAAAGCUUGGCUUCGAGGACUACGUCGGUCCCCUCAGACGGUACUUGCAGCGCUACCGUGAGAGUGAGGGCGACCAGCGCAUCGGCCUCCGCGGCGAACAUUCUCCGAUCUUCAAGCAGCGCCGCCACCCCCAGAUCGCAGCCUCCCCAUCGGUCCGUUCACAGCCGCCCCUAAUGUGCUCGUCGAUGCUGCCGCCGCCACCUUCAUGGAGCCUCAUCAUGCCACCAACUGCGCCACCUCCUUUCAUCAACCAUCUCUCCGGCGAAGGCUCAGGAUCAGGCUACUUCUUCGGGAUGUAUGGUGGUGGCGAUGGUGCGGGGACAAGCAACUCCGAGGCUCCGCCCAUGCCCGACUUCUAUCCGUAGAAGCCGUCAAGUAGUAUAUGCAUGGUCAUAGCGGGUAAUGGUUAGAACGUAGGUUAUAUAUUUAUAUGGUAGUGCGCAGGUGAUUGGAGCCUCGGGAAGAAGGUCUUCUUUGUGGAAUUAGUCACAAAGAAGAGAAGGUGGACGAGCUUUGUGAGUCUUUCACUUGGGGCUAGGCGUGAUGCUUGGGGUUUGUUGGGAAGGGAUGGGGCCAUGGGGGCUGGAACUUGUGGGAAGAGG